AUGAAUCUUCAACAAUUUAUUGAUCAAAUGCCUAUUAUUAUUCAAUUUAUAGAUUUUAAAACUGAAUUAUAUCGACAAAUAAAUUUAGAAACAUCUCUUAAAAUUUUACAACAAACUCUAAAUUCAUUACCAUUUUUAAAAAUAACAAAAUUAAUCUAUAAUCUUAGUCAAUUUUAUCGUCUUCUACAUCAAACUUAUUCAAAAUUAAUUGAACAAAAUGAAUUUUUAACAAUAACAUUACAAGAAUUAUAUGAUCGAGGUCAAAAAUAUUAUAAUAAUUCUAAUUAUCAACAAAAUCAAAAUGAAGAUAGAACACAUCGAUCAAUUAUUGAAAAUGGAAUUGAAGCUGUCAAAAUUUAUCAUCAAUUUUCUAAUGGUUUUAUUCGACCGGGUGCUUGUGAUGAAACUCAACAUUUUUCAAUCAUUACUUUUGACACACCAGUUAGUUAUUUAGUUACAAAUGAAAAUCAUGACGAAGGCGAUAUUGUUAUGCGCAUACUCAGGUUAAUUCAUUUUACCUUUAACUUCCGUAUAUGACAUGACUGAGAGCAAGUAUCUGAAAUACUUAUCCUGGUACAAAAAAAAUAAUAUCUAGUUCCAAUCAUUAGGUAAUUGAAACGGAUGAAUGAAGUACCUCACUACCAACGAUAAAAUUAAUACUACCCCUAUUUUUCAUGGAUAUUUUCAAUGAUAGUAAACCAUAGAAGACAAAAGUUCGUCAGAAAAUUGUUUCAUUUAAAGAACUUUGUAGAGCUGAUACAGCUGAUCAUUUUGGUAAAAAAAUAAACUUUUAAAUAUCCUUAAAGAAUGAUGAUAGUACAUUCAAAAUCCUCAACAAGCGUCAAUUACUGCUUGGCAGAAGUUAGAAAUAGCCGCAAGAUUUUGAGGAUUUGGAACGUAUUACUAUCAUUUUUUGAGGAUAUCUACAAGUUUAUAUAAAUGAAACAAUUCUCUAACAAACUCUUGUCUUUUAUGGUUUAUUAUCAUUGAAAAUAUCCAUGAAAAAUAGAUGUAGCAUUAAUUUUAUCGUUGGUAGUCAGCUGAUUCGAUUCCGAACUUUCGAAUUCAU